AUGAUGAAAGUCAUCCUCAAGAGACAACUCAAGAUGAGCCUGCUGGAUAUCACCAAGAUUUUCUCCAUGCUCCAGCCUAGGGAAGAUCAAGAAGGGGAUGGAGAAAGACAGGAGCUGAACCUGGCGGUGUCCCAGGAUAACUACCAACUUCUGGACCAACUAUUGUGCCAAGAAAGAUACAAGAGAUUUAUCAACAGUCGGAGCGGGUGGGGGGUGCCCGGGACACCACUCCGCUUGGCAGCCUGCAAGGGCCACACGAGAUGCCUCAAGGUUCUUCUGUCCCAUGGCGCUGAGGUGGACAGCCUGGACGUGAAGGCCCAGACCCCACUGUUCACUGCGGUCAGCAAUGGCCACCUUGACUGCGUGAGGGCCCUCUUGGACGCAGGAGCCAACCCUUGUGGGAGCAUCCACAACAACUGUACCCCCCUGCUGACUGCCGCGAGAGACGGAGACGCCGACAUCCUUCAGGAACUCUUGGAGCAUGGGGCUGACAUCAACGUCAAAGCCAGAGUUCCAGACUGGGCGGCCAACUCGGCCUCCUGUUCUGGCCCUUUGUACCUGUCAGCGGUCUACAGACACCUGGAGUGCUUCAAGAUGCUUCUCCUCUACGGGGCCAAUCCAGACUACAACUGCACUGAUCGGAGAAUGCUUGCUCGAAUCAAGAAGCCGGCUACACUGCUGGAAAUCUGCCUGAGGCACGGCUGCGGGCCUGAAUUUGUCAAACUCCUGAUAGAUUUUGGAGCCAAUGUGUACUUACCAGAUAUCACACUCGAUAAGAUCUCUGCAAAUUCUGAAGUGGCGGAUCUGCUGGCCAGGGAAAGAGCUCACCCCAAGUCCUUGAUGUCUCAGUGCAGGCUGUCUGUCAGGAAGUUCCUCAAACUGGCCAACCAGCCACAUGCUGUCAAUCAACUGGACAUCCCAGCUGUGUUGCUGAACUACCUCAAACAUCAAUCCUAA